UACUUGUAUAAUUACUAAAUAGAGUAAACCAGUUAAAAAACAUUCGCAUUGAAUUGGUUGUACUGUAGCCUGCUAGCAAUAAAGCACACAAUAUUCUACUAUUUUACAUUUGAGCACCAUUCUGAUUUUGCACCUUGUAUCGUAUACGUUAAGUAACUUAGCUGAACCUGUACUCUACCUGUGACCAUCAAAAGCAGCAAUAUGAGUUGGGAUUCGUACAUCGACAAUCUGAUUGGACAGAGUGCCGAUGCGAACGGAGAGCAUCACGCGGACAAGGCCUGUAUCAUCGGAAUAGAUGGAAGCAUGUGGACCUCUGACGGCCACCCUCACUCACUGAAGCUGAGCGCCGAGGAAGCGGCAGCUAUUGGUGCAUGCUUCAGUUCCAAAAACUUCACGUCAUUCAUGUCGUCGGGCGUGUUUUUGGAAGGCAUCAAAUACCAGUUCUUGCGGGAGGAAGAUGGAAAGUGUGUGUUUGCGAAGAAGAAGGAACACGGUGCCCUGACAAUGCAAGCAUCGAAAACUGCGAUAACCAUUGCACAUACCGGGGAAGGCAAGCAACAAGGCAACUCGAACAAGGCUGUUUCAGUCAUAGCUGAAUACCUUGAGAGUAUGAAUAUGUGAUGCAUCUUUGGAAAAUAAACAGCACUCAUAAACUAUAAAAUAUACAGGAAAGACCAACGUUUUCCGAAAAAGGCGAAUACAUACAGUCAUUGAGAAAGCAAACAUUCGACUUAUAGUAACUACAGAAAACAUUAUAUCGAAUGAAGUAUUUUGAAUAAAAAUUCAAUAUUUAA